AUGGCGGAUAUUGAAGAAACACGGCAUCAUGAGCAUGAAGAUCAACAACAUCAUCAUCCCCUUCUAGAACAUUCAAGAUCCAUCUCCCCUCGUCAUCAUCAUCAUAGAAAGGAACCCGACACCGAUCGAGCUAACUUUAUACAGAAGGCCAUUAUCCAAACAUUUAAAAGCACAGCCCAUUUAGCCAAUCUCCUACCCACAGGAACAGUUCUUGGAUUCCAACUUCUAUCUCCCAUUUUCAGUAACCAAGGUGAUUGUGAUGAUGCCGGCCAGUUAUUGACAAAAGCCCUUGUGAUCAUUGCUGCUCUUUCAUGCUUUCUGUCAUCCUUUACUGAUAGCUAUAGAGAUGAUAAAGGUGCAGUUCGUUAUGGAAUUGCAACUUUUCGAGGAUUAUGGAUCAUUGAUGGGUCUAUCACUAUUCCUCCUGAUCAAGCAAGAGAGUUUCGGCUUAAGUUUAUUGAUUUCAUGCAUGCUUUCAUGUCAACUCUGGUUUUUGCUGCUAUAGCAUUGUUGGAUCAGAAUGUGGUGAAUUGUUUCUAUCCAACACCAUCAGAUGAGACAUCAGAACUCCUCACUGGAGUUCCAAUUGGGAUUGGCGCCAUUGGUAGUGCGUUUUUCCUAACAUUCCCUACUACUCGUCAUGGAAUUGGUUUCCCUCUCUCUCCUCGCUAAUCUCUUUUAACUUUUGUGUCUUUUUUCUUCUGUU